AUGUCCAUGAACGGAAGUAAAGUCCUCUGGAAACACAAAAAGGGUCUCGGGAAGCUUUUAAUGAGAGUUAUAGAACAGCACAAUCUAGGACUGGCAUCGGCAAAGAAACGAAUGGCACAGCUGCUAUUCUACUUCUCGGCCAAAGUAAUUACAUUCACGCCGUUCCCGUUAGUGGCUGUUGUCAUGGACAUUGCUUCAAAAGCCUAG